AUGGCGGCCCACUCGCUCUCGCUCUCCCUCCCCGCCAUCGUCACGCGCUCGCGUGUGCCCCUCGCGCUUCGCCACCACCACCACCUCCUCCUCCCGCACCGCCGCGUCGCCGCCCGGGACCAGGCCCGCCGAGGCCUCGCCUCCGCCUCCGCCUCCGCCGCCGCCCCAUCUCGGGCGCGGCCCCUCGGCUACGGAGUUGGUGCAGGGAGAAGGCCUAGUGGUGGACUGGACCAUAGAGCCAUGUCAAGUUCCACGAAUUCAACAGUGGCCGCGGAGGUGUCGGUGGCUGAGAAGAGUGGGGAUAUUGAGCCGCUACCUUUUGUGCAUGACAAACAUGGAGGAGUCAUCAUUGAGAUGACGACUCCGAUGGACCCUGGAGUGUUUUCAGCUUCCUUGAAAGCAGCGCUGGCGAAAUGGAGGAAGCAGGGAAUAAGAGGUGUCUGGAUCAAAUUGCCCAUCACCCUUUCCAACCUUAUUCCACCAGUUGUAGAGGAAGGUUUCUGGUACCAUCAUGCAGAGGAAACUUACUUGAUGCUUGCAUACUGGCUUCCAAAUACAACACAUACACUACCAGUAAACGCAACCCACCGCGUUGGUGUUGGAGCUUUUAUAAUGAAUGACAAGAGAGAGAUCUUGGCUGUACAAGAAAAGAGUGGUGUGCUUCGAGGCCUAGGUGUGUGGAAAUUUCCAACUGGUGUAGUUGAACCGGGGGAAGAUAUUAAUGUUGGAGCCGUAAGAGAAGUAAAAGAAGAGACAGGGAUUGAUGCAGAAUUUGUUGAAGUCCUGGGCUUCAGGCAGAGCCACAAAUCGUUUUUUGAUAAAUCGGAUCUAUUUUUCGUGUGCCUGCUACGACCACUUUCAUAUGACAUUACGAAGCAAGACUCGGAAAUAGAGGCAUGCCAGUGGAUGCCAAUAGAGGAAUUUGCAGCGCAACCAUUUCUCCAGAAACAUGAGCUUGUGAAGUAUAUCCUCGAAGUAGGCCUGGCUAAAGUUGACAAGGAAUAUGCAGGGUUUUCUCCAAUCUCCAUAAAAUCAGCAUUUACAGACAAAUUGUCCUUAUUUUACAUGAACCGGAGGGACCCCGACAGGGCCUCAGGAUAG